AUGGCAUUCCAGGAGCUGCUGGAGCAGGUGGGCGGCCUGGGCAGGUUCCAGGUGCUGCAGAUGGUGGCCCUAGUGCUGCCCAUCGCGUGGUUCUGCAUGCAGAACAUGCUGGAGAACUUCUCGGCCGCCGUGCCUACCCACCGCUGCUGGGUGCCACUGCUGGACAACCAGUCGGCUCACACAGCCCCCUGGGCCCCCGAGGCCCUCCUGGCCGUCUCCAUCCCACCGGGCCCUACCCAGGGGCCCCACCCAUGUCGUCGAUUCCGCCAGCCACAAUGGCACCUCCUGGAUGCCAAUGCCACGGCUGCCAACUGGAGCGAGGCAGCCACGGAGCCGUGCAUGGAUGGGUGGGUGUAUGACCACAGCAUCUUCAGUUCCACCAUCGUGGCUCAGUGGGACCUGGUGUGUGACUAUCAGGCCCUGAGGCCCAUGUCCCAGUCUCUCUUCCUGUUUGGGGUCCUGGUGGGCGCCACCGUGUGCGGCCCCGCCUCCGACAGGUUCGGGAGGAAGCUGAUGCUGACCUGGAGCUACCUGCUGGCGGCCGUAGCGGGCACGGCGACCUCCCUGGCCCCCACGUUCCCCGUCUACUGCCUCUUCCGCUUCUUGGUGGCCUUCAGCGGGGCGAGCAUCAUGAUGAACACCGCCACGCUGUUGCUCGAGUGGACCUCGGCCCGCGUGCUGGCGAUGACGCUCAACGCGAUGGGCUUCAGCCUUGGCCACAUGCUCACGAGCGGCCUGGCCUACGGGGUGCGCGAUUGGGCGAUGCUGCAGCUGGUGGUCUCCAUGCCCUUCUUCCUCUGCUUCCUGUACUCCUGGUGGCUGGCAGAGUCAGCUCGGUGGCUGCUGAUCACGGGCAAGCUGGAGCGGGGCCAGCAGGAGCUGCAGAGAGUGGCCACCUUCAAUCGGAAAGGAGUCGUGCUGACAGUCGAGGUCCUGCUCAAGGCCAUGCAGGAGGAGCUGAGCAAGGGCCAGGAUCCAGCCAGCCUGGGCACACUAUUCCGCAUGCCUGAACUGCGUCUGCGCACCUGGGUCACCAUACUGUGCUGGUUCUCCUUCGGCUUCACCUUCUACGGGCUGGCCCUGGACCUGCAGGCGCUGGGCAGCAACAUUUUCCUGCUCCAGUGCCUUAUCGGGGUGGUCGACGUCCCCGCCAAGAUCAUCACCCUUGUGCUACUGCGGCGGGUGGGCCGCAAGCCCACGCAGGCGGGAGCGCUGGUGCUGGCCGGGCUGUGCAUCCUGGCUAACACGCUGGUGCCCCGAGAACUGAGAGUGGUGCGCUCAGUGCUGGCCAUAUUGGGGCUGGGAGGCCUGGGGUCCACCUUCACCACUGUGACCAUCUCUAUCGGAGAGCUCUUCCCCACAGUGAUCAGGAUGACAGCAGUGGGCCUGGGCCAGAUGGCAGCCCGCGGUGGUGCCAUCCUAGGGCCUGUGGUCCGGCUGCUGGAUGCUGUGAGUCCACCGCUGCCACUGCUACUGUAUGGGGCUGUGCCCCUGCUCGGCGGUCUGGCCUCACUGCUGCUGCCCGAAACCCGGGGCCUGCCUCUCCCCGACACCCUCCAGGACGUGCAGAAUCAGUGA